UCUACUCGUGUUUAUUACGCACAAAGUAAAAUUUAGUACAAGCAACAAAAUAUUCCACAGUAAUUUGCAGUAAAAGCAAAAUCUUGUAAUUGUUUCAAAUAAAUUUUGUUUAUAUGUUGUUUUAUGAAUAAUAAAUGUACAUAUAUAAGUAUAUUCUAUUAACAGAAACAAGACAAUGGAAGAACAAAUGGAAAUUUUACCAGACAAUGAAUUGGAUAUCAAUUUACCAGUUGUCUAUGUCAAGCAACUUAAAUUAUGGUCAAAUAAUGAAACCAAAAAACUAGUUAGCCUUUAUAAAACACUUAUACAUGAAGUUGGAAAUAGAUUCACCUAUAAAAAGCAAAUGUGGGAUGAAAUUUCUACCCACUUUCCCGACAAAACACCACAACAAUGUGAAUCAAGAUUAUGCACCAUGUUCAGAAGAAAAAAACUAGGUAAAGGUGGGCCAAAAGUAUUUACAACAGAAAAUGAAAGAAAUAGCGAUUAUGAGGUGGAACCACAUCUAUAUCGAAUUCGCAAAAACAUUCAAUUAUGGUCCAAUAGUGAAACAAAAUUAUUGGCAGAACUUUAUAAAAAACUAAUAGGCGAAGUUGGUCCGUUUAAAAGAUUUCCAACAAAAAAAGAUAUGUGGGCUGAAAUGUCCACACACUUUACCAAUAAGAAUCCCAAACAAUGUGAAUCACGAUUUAUGCGUCUGGUAAAUACCAAACAAGCUGGAGUUGUUAAAUUCGUUAGAUACAAACCAUCGGAGAUCAGACGAAUAAAGGCGAAAAAUUCUUCAAUGCAAAUAAAAAGAAUACAUGCUAUAAAAGAAGAAAAGCCUGUAGAGUAUAUAGAGGAAGAUGAUCCGCUUGGUAGCACGCAAGUGAAGGAGGAAGAGAUUGUAAAAACGGUACAAAGUGAAAAAAGCAUACAGGAGACAUUGAUGGAAAUAGCUGCUAGAAAGGAAGAAACCAAAGAAAGACGCCAUAGGGAAAAAGUUGGAGGCUUUUAAACAGAUGCAAAAUAUACUGCAACAACUUCUAGAUAGUAAAAACAAUAAAUAAAUCUCUAUAUUUUCAGAAACUAA